ACGACGGACUGUGUUCUAUUGGACUCCCAGAGAAAGGAAAGACUACAUUACUUGUAAUAUCUAUUUAACAAGAAAUGUGCGUGUAGUGCUUCAAGAAAAUGGUAUAUUUGCAUUUAGCGUUGGUUGUUCUGGCUUUUCUGGGUCAUGUUCACGCCGAUUGUACAAUGUACGAAAUGUGCGUAAAUGAUGAAGGCAAGAAAGUUAAUUGUUACAACAAAGUUCCGGUGAAGCCGAAGGAGCUGAAAGACCCGAACGUUGCUGAGCAAUUGAAAACGAUUUGUCCGAGGCUUUUCAACAAAGACAAACCAACAUUCUGCUGCGACGAUGCUCAAGCCCAAUACACGACCACUAUGUCGGCGAUGUCCAACAUCUUCGGCAGGUGUCCCACCUGCGUCAAGAAUAUCCUAGCGAAUGUAUGCGAAUUCUCGUGCUCCCCUGAUCAAAGUAAUUUUGUAAAAGUGAAAACUCAUGGGACUAAUGGUGGUAAAGAUUUCGUGAAAUCUAUCGAAGUUACCAUCCUCGAGGAGUACAUGAAUACAACUUACGAGAGUUGCAGCCGUGUAGCGCUCCCUUCAUCUGGAGGUGUCGUCAUCGACGGAGCUUGCGGUGAAGGCUUCAACUCUUUCAACUGUAAUCCAACAAGGUUUUUCGAUUACUUGGGAAAUGGAAAUCCGGUAGCUCCAUUCCCGGUUUAUUAUAAAUCCACAGAUAACGAAAAUUUGGCAGCAAAAACGGAAUCCAAGAAUUGCAAUGAAUUGUUUGAGGGAAGCGAUCCUGAUUCAAUGUGCAGUUGCAUCGAUUGCCCGUCCCUCUGCACAAUUGAUAGAUAUAAGCCGGAAGCAACUGCCUUUGAAAUCUGGAUUCUAAACGGAUAUACCUUUAUCGUUGCCAUCGUGUUAGCUGCUGUCGUUACCAUCAUCGUCACCGUCUUAGCAAUCAGAUCAACAAGAAAAAAAUCAAUGGACGAUGGCUCUAUCGUUGAACAUAAAACUUCUUCCGACAACGAUAAAAAUUCCGACAUUGAGAGUAAAGAUCAAAUGCUUGGAUCACGAAAAAACGUUGUAAAUGAAUUUCUGCAAAAGAUUUUCAGAGCCAUCGGCAUAGCUAUGGCCACGCACAGUAUACUGGUGAUAUGUUUGAGCUCUUGGGUAGUGAUUGGAAUAGGAUAUGGUGCGUUCGAUUUGAAAGUGACUACUAACCCUGUGGAAAUUUGGGCGGCGCCCGGUAGCAGAAGCAGAAUUGAGAAGGACUACUUUGACACUAAUUUUAAGCCCUUCUAUAGGACGAACCAAAUAUUCAUUAAGACUGUCGGCAUUUCAACGUUCAAGCACAAAUACUACGAAAAUGAGAUUACAUUAGGUCCUGCAUUCAAUCGCACAUUCCUUUUUGAAGUUUUCAAAUUGCAAAAGAAAAUUGAGGAAAUUGGUCAAGCUGAAGGGAAGGGAUUAGAGAAAGUGUGUUAUUCGCCGAUGACCAAUGAAUUCACAGGACCAAUCACCAUUGAUCGUUGUACAGUCCAAUCACUGCUCGGUCUUUUUGGAAAUGAUUUGGAGAAAUUUAUGUCCCUUUCAGACGAUGACUAUCUUGACACUAUAAUCAGCUGCGCACGAACACCUUACAGCGUUAAAUGUUUGGCUCCUUAUGGGGGGCCAGUAGAACCCGGCUUAGCUUUGGGUGGAAUGACUCUGGAUGAUUACACGGACGCGACUGCAGUAGGCUUGACAUUCAUAGUCGCUAACAAAUUGGACAUAGAUGAACUAGAACCGGCGAUGGAAUGGGAGACAAAGUUUGUUGAUUUCAUGAAAGAGGAGGUCGAUCAAGGACAUAUAAGUCCCCUAAUGGACAUCGCCUUCAGUGCAGAAAGAUCAAUAGAAGAUGAAGUUGAAAGAGUUUCCAAAUCCGAAAUGGUUACCAUUUUAAUCAGUUACGCUGUUAUGUUCAUUUAUAUAGCAAUCAUGUUGGGUCAUUUCCGAUCAUUUAGAACUAUUCUGUUGGAUUCGAAAAUUAUCCUUGGAAUCGGAGGUAUUAUUAUUGUAAUGUGCGCAGUAAUUUGCUCUUUAGGUGUUUCCGGCUACGUCGGAAUCUCUACGACUUUACUCACCAUCGAGGUGAUCCCCUUUCUUGUUUUGGCGGUAGGAGUAGAUAACAUAUUCAUCAUGGUUCAAACCCAUCAACGUGCUAAAGGGAUGGACCAUUUGAGUAUACCGGAGAAAGUAGGUGAGACUAUGGCCAAAGUAGGCCCAAGCAUGCUUUUAACGAGUCUUUCUGAAAUAUGCUGCUUUGCCAUUGGCUGUUUGUCCGACAUGCCUGCCGUCAACACUUUCGCAUUGUACGCAACAAUUGCUCUGUUCUUCGAUUUUAUUCUUCAGAUUACUGCAUUUGUUGCGUUAUUGGCACUAGACGAAGCAAGGGUCAAGAAAAAUCGUUUGGAUUUGUUCUGUUGUAUCAGACUAUCGUCUGUCGAUGAUAUAUCUGAUGACGAUGGGUUCUUAUAUGGAAUUUUCAAGAAAUAUUAUACCCCGUUUCUGAUGAAAACUUGGGUUCGCUACACCGUGCUUGUGCUAUUCACAAUUCUAGUUUCGAUUAGUAUAGCUGUGAUUCCUACAAUGUCCGUAGGUUUGGAUCAAGAAAUGUCCAUGCCAGAAGAUAGCCACGUGCUGAAGUAUUUCGAAUACAUGAAAGAUUUGAUGGGGAUCGGACCACCGGUCUAUUUUGUGACAAAGGGCGGAAUAGACUAUGCGGAUGAAACAGUUAGGAAGAAGUACUGCGGAGGAAUUGCCUGUAACCCGUCUUCAAUAACGACGCAACUUUUCAUUGCUUCUGGCCAAACAAAUAUAACGUACAUUUCACGACAACCGUCUUCUUGGAUUGACGAUUUCAAAGACUGGAGCGAGAUGGACACUUGCUGCAAGUACUUCAACAACAACGAAUCCUUCUGUCCACACACGAUAGAGACAUGCACUUCGUGUACCUAUAAUCCAGCCGAAUCUUGGCCAGAUUAUUUCGAUAAAUACUUACCAUUCUUUCUGAAUGACAAUCCCGAUCCUUCUUGCGGCAAGGGCGGUCAUCCAGCUUACGCAGAUGCUUUGCAUUGGGAACUGAAUGAGCAAUAUAAUAUCGAAGUAAAAUCCUCAUAUAUGAUGACAUAUCACAGCGUAUUGAGAUCAUCCAAGGAAUAUUACGAGGCCCUGAAAUAUGCUAGAAAAAUUGGCGAAAAUUUAACUUUAACUUUAGACAUAGAUGGCGUCGAAAUAUUCCCCUAUAGCGUGUUUUAUGUAUAUUUCGAACAAUACCUUACAAUCUGGACAGACACUGUACAAUCUAUAGGAUUCUCGUUGAUUGCCGUACUUUUAGUAACAUUUAUAAUAACUGGCUUCAGUUUCUUAUCGUCUAUUGUGACGCUUCUCGUAGUUUUGAUGAUUGUUAUCGAUAUGGCCGGACUCAUGUACUUCUGGGAUAUCAUGCUUAAUGCAGUCUCCCUAGUCAACUUGGUCAUGUCGGUUGGAAUUGCUGUAGAAUUUUGUGGUCAUAUCAUACACGCAUUCGAAAGAUCACAGGAACCAACGGCCAUUGGAAAGGCCACACAUGCAUUGAGUUCCAUGGGAAGUUCGGUAUUUUCCGGAAUCACUCUAACAAAAUUCUUUGGGAUAAUUGUGUUGGCGUUCGCUAAAUCCCAGAUAUUUAAAAUAUUUUAUUUCCGGAUGUAUCUGGGUAUGGUCAUAAUCGGUGCUCUACAUGGUCUAGUGUUCCUUCCGGUUAUGUUAAGUUUCCUCAACAAACAAUUCUAAUAGUAUAUAAUUUAUUUAUUUAAA